UCAUACAAAACACCACCUUUUGAUAAAUUUAUAAAUAAAAUUUCCCGUGAUGCAGCGAAAUUUCUGAAGAGUCAUAAAGAAGUUUGCAUUGUUAAUGCAGAUAAAGGUAAUGUCACAGUUGUUAUUUAUAAAUCAGAUUACUUUGGAAAAAUGAGAGAAUUAAUGGCAGAUAGGGGAACGUAUAGAAUCCUAAGAAGCAAUCCUACAUUAUCGCUUCAAAACACCAACAAUGGGUUUGUAAAAACUUUAUUCAAUAAAGGAAUAAUUAACGAAUAUGAUAAAAAACGCAUGAUAACGUACACUGCCAACAGUCCACGAAUUUACGGUUUACCCAAGAUUCACAAAGAAAAUAUGCCUUUAAGACCGAUAUGUGCAUCUACUUCUGCUCCUGGUUAUGAAUUGUCAAAAUUUAUGGCCAGUAUUCUUAAAAAACUGACGGAUAAUUCUCGUUUUAACGUCUGCAACGCUAAACACUUCAUUGAGGUAAUUUCACCUUUUAAUAUACAAGAUGAUGAAGUUCUUGUAUCAUUCGAUGUUGUCUCCUUGUUCACGAAUGUUCCAAUCAAUAUGAUAUUGGAGAUAGUUGAGAGAAAUUGGAACAAUAUUACACACUAAAAUAAGAAAGUCCAUGUUCAUGGAAAUGCUACGAUUCUGUAUAAUCGACAACAAUUACUUAGAAUUUGAAAACAAAAUAUACCAACAGAAGCAAGGGGUACCUAUGGGUAGCCCCAUUUCACCUAUAUUGGCGGAUAUAGUAAUGGAGGCAUUGCUGGAAGACGUAAUUGAGAAAUUAGUAUCGAAACCAAAAAUAAUAACAAAAUAUGUCGAUGAUCUGUUUGCAAUAGUUAAAUCUGAUUGUGUUUCUAUAACGGUAGAAGCUUUGAAUUCAUUUCAUAGAAAGAUUCAAUUUACGGUGGAGGCAGAGAAAGAAGGACGUCUAGCCUAUCUCGAUGUCCAAGCAGUAAGGGACAAUGGCAAAAUUAUCUUCGAUUGGUUCAAAAAACCUACUUCAUCUGGACGUCUAAUAAAUUUUCAUUCAAAACAACCAAAACAGGUUAUAUUCAAUACUGCACAAAAUUUCAUUAAUAAAGUGCUUGAUUAUAGUCAUAUUAAUUUUCGAAAUAAAAAUAUUAAAAUUAUUGAGAACACCCUGUGUUCCAACGCAUUCCCCGCUCAUGUUAUCAACAAAUUAAUACAAAAUAGUAAAAAUAAAUGUACACCCACCCCCCCUAAUGAUCAACUUCCCAUAAGCUACCGUAGUGCUUUGUAUAUACCAUCUCUUUCAAACCGCAUAAAAACAGCACCACUUAGAAACAAAGAGAAAACGAGAAUAGCGUUUAAGUCUGCACUUACUCUAAGAACAUUUCUUUUCACCAACACCAAAGGAAAAAAAAAGAAAAUGGAUAAGUCAGACGUGGUUUACAAAAUUAAAUGUGCAGGUGGGAGUGAGACGGAUUGUUCUUCCGUAUAUGUAGGAACAUCGAAACAAAAGCUCCGCAAUCGUCUCUCAGGCCAUCGAUCUGAUAUAAACAACGGUGGCUCUCAAAAAACUGCACUUGCAUUGCAUUGCAUAGAAAAGAACCACAAACCUAACUUUGAUGACGUCACAAUCUUGGAGGUGGAGAGGCAUCAUAACAAAAGAAUGUUGCUAGAGAUGCUGCAUAUCAACAACACCGAUAAUGCAGUUAAUAGACGGUCUGAUUGUGACAGUCUCAGCAUUAUAUACAACCAGCUGAUAACAAAUAAGAAGAAACAGUCGUCGUGAACAGUGGUGUGAAAAAAUUCUUUUCUUUUAAUGCUGUUAAAUAAAUUGAAAUGUGUGUUUGUGCUGUAAAUACAAAUCAACUAAUUGUUGUUGCCUGAUGAAGAGUGUAUUCAUGCUCGAAACGUUGUAACCAUAUAAAAAUCUUUUAUUGACCUGGAGCCUGCAUCAAAGUUUUUCAUAUAUAUC